AUGCUCAUCAGCGUAUUUGCACUUACUGUUGUCAUUCUGCGCUGCUAUAUUCACGUAUUGGUGGACACCUUUGACCAGUUCAAGACCUGCCUCAAGACGCGGAAGGAGCUUGUCAGGUGGAUGCAAGAGGCGCUAGACCUACUGGAUAGUGUCGAACGAACUCGCCGCCUUUCUACCACCGGUUGUCCACAAGUCCUGUCAGCCCAACUCCGCAAACUGGAAGAAGUGUCUACUGAAGUGGACCACUAUGAAGGCCUCCUCAACAACUUGAAGACAACUUAUACAAACCUUAGACAGAGUCUAGAGGACUCUGCGAGAGAGACCGAUCGGUACAGACUAUCCAUCGCAGAUCUACCAUGUGCCUCCCCUGACGUGAGAAACAUUUGCCCGGUUGGCCCACCUGGUUCUGGACUUGCCGACUUGGUGGCCCUUGACUCCUCUCUCUACAACGUAGAUGCAACUUUCGCUGCACUGAAAGACAGGCUUGCUGCCCAUAUGCGGGCCGCCAUAACGACUAAUUUAAUAUCUGCCACUUUUGAAAGUGCUCAGGUAACCUGCAGCUACGUGAUUAGGCAGGGCUCUGCUUCCUGGGAGUGCAUUCUGCCGCGGAACCUCGAUUCAGAACCUACCAAACGACCGAAAGUAGAGGAUGCACUGGUCGUACCACUGAAGAGCGUCGCUGCAGAUGCUGCUAAUAACCAGUCAAAUGAACUUCUGCCGGAAAUUGAUAUGGGCGACUCCGAGGAGAACUUUGGUUUUUCCCUUCACCUUCCGUCUACUCGUACC